AGGGCCCGGGAGUCCGGGAAUCCAGUUGAACUUUUCACUCCCCUGAACCCGACUCCUGCUGCUGCGUCAGGGAAAAGCUAAGCGACAGGUGGCACCUGCCCGUGGGGUCGGGACGCGACCACCUGCCUCUGCUGCUCACCCGGCGCCACUCGCCGCACCUGCGGCUGUCAGUCCUCCCGCCGCGGCCCCGCCCGCCCCGCCGCCCCGGGACGCGGAGGAGGAGCGAGCCGGGGAACCCCGACGCCCGCCCCGCCCCGCCCCUCUCAGCCCCCCUCCCGCCCCUUCUCACGGUCCCAGGCGGGGCUCCCGUCUCCCCGCCCCGCUUCACGGACUCCCAGCACGCCCCCAAAGCGGGGGAGGGGUCCCAGGCUGGUGGGGUGCAGCUCGCAGCCUCCAGCCUGGACCUCGGGACUCAACCUGCUGCAGAGCACAGCGACACUGAGCCACCCGCCCAGGUUCCUAUCCCAGCCUUGGCCAUGACCCUGGCGGCUCCCUCCCAGCGCUCCCAAAUCAUUCGCUCCAAGUUCCGCUCCGUCCUCCAGCUCCGGAUCCACAGACGGUAUCAGGACCCGACCUUUUCCUCACUGCCUGGCUUGCUGCCCGAAGGCCUCUCGGGACCCUUCACCGCCCCUCCAGGCUCCGACCCAGACCCCUGGAUCUCAGCCUCGGGCCCGGCUCCGGCCCCCGUCCCGGCCUCGCCCGCGGGCCCCGCCUCUCUCCUCCCCAGUCCUGGGGUCCUGCACCCCGAGCCACAACGCUGCCCGUGGAGGCCCCAGGAGGAUGCGCCUCCCAAGGUCUCCCAGCGCUGGACGGAGGCCAAGUCCCAGGGGAACCUGACUUACCACCAGUACCUGCCCCCCGAGCCGAGACAAGGGGCCAGGGCAGACUCCCGGGCUGGAGGGGCGGCCGGGGCUGCCCCGCAGCGGCCACUUGCCUGGGCAGAGACAAACGCCCAGCAGCCACCUCCUAGGAUGAGGGCCACCGCCCUCCCCGCCGGCUUCCCCGGGGCCCCCAGCCCCUCGCCUCCGCCGCACAAGUUGGAACUUCAGACCCUGAAACUGGAGGAGCUGACGGUCUCGGAGCUCCGGCAGCAGCUGCGCCUGCGGGGCCUCCCGGUGUCCGGGACCAAGUCGACGCUCCUGGAGCGCAUGCGCGGAGGCGCCCAGUCCCGCGAGCGGCCUAAGUCGCGGCGCGAGGAAGGUCCGGCGGCCACGCCCUGGCCGCGCCUCAGGCCCAAGGCCCUGGCCGCCGCCCGGCGACACUCGUCCAAGCCCAGCCCGGCAUCUCCCCCACCGCCUCCGUCUCCUGCCGUGGGAACCCCCGUGCCCCCUCCGGCUGCCGCUCCGGCUCCGCCUCCGGUUCUGGCUCCAGCUCCGGCUCUGGCUGCAGAACCGACCCCUCCCGCAGCACCAGCCGCAGCACCAGCCGCAGCAGCCCCGACUCUGGAGCAGGAGCUGCAGGAAGCGAUCCGGAGGGCGCAGACCUGCUGCCCCCCAUCCCCCUGGACUUCCCUGGCUCCUUCGACGUGCUGUCCCCUUCCCCAGACUCUGAAGGCCUCUGCUCUGUCUUCUCUUCCUCGCUCCCGUCCCCCACAAGCUUCCCACCCGCCUCUCCCAGGGGCCCCUCGGACGCCUUGGACUGGCUGGAAGCUCUGAGCGGGGGUCCGCCGCUGGGCUGUGGCCCCCCAGCCCCCAGCAUCUUCUCUGCUGACUUCUCUGACUCCGGCGGCCCCCGGCUGUGGGACCUGCUGGAGGGUCCCUGGUGAUGGGUUCUAGGGUUUCAAGGGACGGAGAACUGGCAGGGAUGGGGAGUCACCGAGACACAGGCUCCCUGAGGGAGGGGUUGGAACGCCUGGGAGAGUCCCCUCCCACCACGGACCCGGGAUCAGAAGCCACACUCCUGUCGCCUGGGCCGUAACCUGCCGCCGGACACACCAGCCCCCUGACUUUUCCGCCAAGGGCUGUGUGCUGGGGCCGGGAGCUCCGCUGGCUGCUGCCCGGGGCAAACAAGCUGCUUGUUGCUUUCUGCAGAGACCUCUCCGAUGUCUUCUUCUCAUCCCACCGAAUACGUGGCUACCGUGGCUGGGGCAUCUGGAAGGUGCUCUGUGCUCUUGGGAUGCGGAGAGGGGGAGGGAGGAGUGGGGAGGGAGACUCGGGAGCCAGACCCGUGGCUUCUGGCUGGGGAUGAGAAAACCAGAAGCAUCCUCGUGUCCCAGGUCACAUUCUGAGCGGAGCCCGAGGCGCAUUCCCGUGUGCAUGAUUUAUUAAAGAAACGCUCCCAGGAGACGUGAAAGGAGUGGGGGAAACAGGGCGGUGACGGGGGGAAGACCACCAGGAGGAGGCUGUCAGAUGAAGUCCUGAUCUCCGCCCGAACCCGGAGGAUGAAUUAGGUUGCAGGGUCGUGCCCCGCUGGUGCAGCUCAGCGGUUGAGUGUCGGCCCAGGAAACAAAAGAUCAGCGGUUCGAUUCCCCGUCAGGGCACAUGCCUGGUUUGCGGGCUCCAUCCCCAGGAGGGGUGCAGGCAGGGGGCAGCCGAUUGAUGAUAUUCCUCUCUUAUCCGUUUUUCUACCUCUCUCCCUUCCUCUCUCUCUAAAAAAUCAAUAAAGCCAUAUUAAAAUAAAUAAAUAAAUAAAUAAAUAAAAGGUGCAGGGCCGUUCCCACCUUGAGGAAAAGGGAACUGGGCCUUUAAGGCAAAGGGAGGUCCCAGUUUGGGUUUUUAUCACCGAAUAACAAACCACCCCAAAAAGUAGCAUCUUAAAAUAAUAAGUACUGUAUGAUGGCUCACAAUUCCGUGGGUGGACUGGGCUCAGCAAGGCAGUUCUUCAGCACCAUCUGAUGUCAGCUAGGGCCCAAUUGGCUGCAAAUCCCACGAUGCUGCUCCUCGGCCGGCCUCGCCUGGGCUGUGGGCAUCUGGAUUUCUCUCCCUCUCUGCGUAGUCUCCACCCUCUCCCUCUCCACAUGGCCUCCCCAACAGAGGCAUAGACUCCUUACCUGGUAGGUAGCUCGGGGCUCCCCAAAGUGAGCUAUCUAGGAAAAGAAGCAUUUUCUUUUUAAAAAAAUAAAUUUUUAUUGAUUGCAGAGAGGAAGAGAGCGGGAGGGGG